CACACAAAACGAGUGUAGAGGGAGGCCAAUCUCAGUAUCCAACUCAAUGGGAAAUUAAGUGGAAGGAAGAACUGCCUGAGAAGACUGCGAAGCAAAUAUUGCUUAAAUGUUAUGAGGUAUACGCUUCCACUUUGCAUGUAAUGAUUAUUAAAGAAGCAGCAGUGAUGCACUUUGGGUAAACAGGUUUUCUUUGACAGCCUGAUUUCCAUAUUUAUCAUCAACAUGGUCACAUGACUUCCUGCUCAGCCGCUCUCACCUGUUGCCGACUCCUCAGCAGGCCGGGUGUGUCUGAACAGGAAUGCAGUCAGACCUACCUAUUGGUCACAUGGGGAGCCACGAGGGCUGCUAUAGGCUGAUAAUCAGAGAGGGUCAGGUAUGCCUGAGGGCCGUCAGAGAUCCAGUCAGACCGAUUCUAGAGCUUCAGAGCGAUGGGUCAGGGCAGCUCCGCCUGCCCUCAGGUGGAACUCCUCUGGUUCGGUUCUGGUUCUGGCCUAAAUCUCCUCUGGGAUCCAGACUGGAAGACUUCAGCACCAGAACCAGCAGAGUGUUAACCUGAAGCCUGUCCUCCUCUGUCCAGGUGUUGAUCAUGGGUCUGGACUCUGCGGGGAAGUCCACCCUGUUGGCCCAUAUCCUGAAGGGACAGGCAGUCAACACCUCGCCGACUGUGGGCUUCAACGUGGGAACACUGGAGCUGAACAAGCAGUCAUCUCUGACGUUGUGGGACAUUGGUGGACAGAAGAGCAUGAGACCCAACUGGAAGUACUACCUGGACGAGUGCAAGGCGUUGGUGUUCGUGGUGGACAGCACCGACGCGGCUCGCAUUCCAGAGGCGCAGAUGGCUCUGAAGGGCAUCCUCAGCGAUGAGAGGCUGCGAGGAGUUCCUCUGAUGGUUUUGGCCAACAAGAAGGAUCUGCCCAACAGCAUGACCAUACGGGAGGUGUCCAACAAGUUGAACCUGAACAGUUACACAGACAGAGAGUGGGAGAUCCAGGCCUGCAGCGCCACCAAGGGGCUGGGUCUGCAACAGGCCUUCCUGAAGGUCAACAAACUGAUCAAGAGGAGCUGAGAGGAGCGGGAAAGGAGAUCCACAUCUACAGGAGACAUGUUUAAACUCAAGAUUUUAUUUAUAGAGAUUAAUAAAAGUUUUAGUGAUGA